ACCAAUCUCAAGAGAUAAGGAAACUUCACAACCCAAAGAAAAAAAGAACAGACAGAAACAUAGAGAUGAGCCGUUGCGGCUCUCUUGGGCUCUAUGCCCCAAAUGCUUUGCCAUCUCUCUCCUUGAAGCCUCGCAGUGUGAAAUCUCCUCUCUGUGUUACAUCUUACUCCAAACCAAACGAUACUCUUCUUCAUAAUGUUGCCAAGAUUAGAGCAAAGGCCGGUGAUUUAUUUGGAGCAAAGAAGACAGUUUUGGCAGCUCAACUCGGGGCAGUUCUUGCCACGAUUGAUCAUCCGGCGUUGGCAAUAACAGGAGUCAACAACCAGCAGGAAUUGAGCAGUGUUGUGCUCGAUAUCGGGAUCAUAUCCGUUUGGUACUUCCUCGUAAUGCCACCAAUCAUCAUGAAUUGGCUGAGAGUAAGAUGGUACAGAAGGAAGUUCUUCGAGAUGUAUUUACAGUUCAUGUUCGUCUUCAUGUUCUUCCCCGGGCUACUGUUAUGGGCACCAUUUCUCAACUUCAGAAAGUUCCCAAGAGAUCCAUCUAUGAAGAAUCCUUGGGACAAACCAACAGACCCAGACUCUAUUAAGAACAACUACCUCAAAUACCCAUUCGCAACGCCAGAAGAUUACGAUCUCGAUUAACCGAUAGAUUCACAAGUUUGUUUCAUAUCUUGGGACUGUAUGUAUAUACUCUGGAUUCACAUGAACACAAUGUAAUGACUUGUGCAUACAGUUAUGUUCAAGAUAAAACAAAAUCAAAACAUAUAAUAAACAGAAAUAACUUUAUUGUCA